CUGUACUUUUUCCUUUCUCUCCAGGGAUUAUCACCAAUUGGAAAGAAUACUGGGCUGCUUAAUAUCACCUUUAAGUAUGACAACUGCACUCCUUAUUUGAAUUCAGCUGGAAAGCAUGUCAUUGGUGAUGUGCAAAACAUCACCAUUAGCCAGUAUGCAUGCUCUGAUCAAGUUGCAGUGACAAUAUUGUGGACAACAAAUCCCAUUGGCAUUGAAUUUCUGAAGGGAUUUCGAGUGAUACUAGAAGAAUUAAAAUCAGAAGGAAGACAGUGUCAGCAGUUGGCUUUAAAAGACCCAAAGCAGCUCAAUUCAAGUUAUAAAUGGACUGGAGUGGAAUCUCAACCUUUUCUAAAUCUGAAAUUUGAAACGGACUACUUUGUAAAGAUUGUUCCUUUUCCAUCCAUUAAGAAUGAAAGUAACUACCACCCUUUUUUCUUCAGAACUCGAUCUUGUGAAUUGCUGCUACAACCAGAAAACUUAGCCUGCAAACCUUUUUGGAAGCCUAGAAACUUGAAUGUUACGCAGCAAGGCUUUAAUAUGCAGAUAUCAUUUGACCAUGCACCUCAUAAUUUUGGAUUCAAAUACUAUUAUCUGCACUACAAGCUGAAAAGUGAAGGACACUUCAAACAAAAGACUUGCAGACAGGAGAAAAAUACAGACGUCACUAGCUGUGUUCUUCAGAAUGUCUCACCAGGAGAUUAUAUAAUUGAGCUGGUUGAUGACACCAACACAACAAGGAAAACAAUGCAUUAUGCACUCAAACCAGUGCACUCCCCAUGGGCAGGGCCAAUAAGAGCAAUAGCCAUUACUGUUCCCUUGGUUGUCAUCUCAGCAUUUGCAACACUUUUUACGGUGAUGUGUCGCAAAAAGCAACAAGAAAAUAUCUAUUCCCAUUUAGAUGAGGAGAGUUCGGAGUCUUCAAACUACUCUUCAGCUCUCCACGUGGAAAGGCAACGACCCCGACCUAAAGUGUUCAUCUGCUAUUCCAAUAAAGAUUGCCAGAAGCACAUUAAUGUCAUUCAAUGCUUUGCCUACUUCCUUCAGGAUUUCUGUGGUUGUGAGGUGUUCUUAGAUUUAUGGGAAGACCUGAGGAUUUGUAAAGAAGGGCAAAAAGAGUGGCUUCAUCGAAAAAUCAGUGAAUCCCAGUAUGUCAUCAUUGUGUGUUCCAAAGGAAUGAAAUACUUUGUGGAGAAAAAGAACUGGAAACCUAAGGGAUCCAAGGAAAAGGAUGCUGGGAAAGGAGAACUCUUUAUGCUUGCUGUAGCUAUGAUAGCAGAGAAGCUGCGUCACAUGAAACAGAACCCCCAUGACUUCUGCAAGUUCAUUGCAGUCUACUUUGAUUAUUCCUGUGAGAGUGACAUUCCUGGUAUUCUGGAUUUAUCUACAAAAUACAAGCUCAUGGAUAACCUGCCUCAACUUUACUCUCAUUUACAGUCCAGAGAUCUUAGCCUUCAUGAUUCAGAGUUGUAUCCUGUGCACAUCAGCAAAAGGAAUUAUUUCAGGAGUAAAUCUGGACGGUCCCUUUAUGUAGCCAUUUGCAGCAUGCACCAGUACAUUGACCAGGAGCCUGACUGGUUUGAAAAGCAAUUUGUUGACUUUUUCCCAGCUCCUUUACAGUACCAAGAGCCCAUGAUGGAAAAAUUUGACUCUGGACUAGUGCUAAAUGAUUUAGUCAAUAAACAAGUGACUGAUGGGGAUUUCUACCUAAAAGCUGAUGCAAAUAUUAUUCUGACUUUAAAUUCAGACUCACAUUGUAUAGUGCAGCAUUUGGAUCUUGGAGAGGAUAGAGAAUCUCAGGACAUUCAUAAUGGUAGUUCGAUUCUUCCACCUUUGCUGCAUGUUGUAAAAGCUGCCAAUCUCCCCGAUAUGCCCCGGGAUUCUGGAAUUUAUGAUUCUUCGGUUCCUUCAUCUGAAUUAUCAUUACCUUUAAUGGAAGGGCUCUUAGCAGACCAAAUUGAAACCUCUUCCAUUACAGAGAGUGUCUCCUCUUCAUCAGGACUGGGAGAAGAAGAACCUCCUUUGCUUGCUGUCACUAAAUCCCUAGUGCCUGGAAUAUGUAAAGCAGAACUUCAUUGCCAUAUCCGCACUGAGGAACUGCAGGCAGUUGCACCUUUAUAACACAUUGCAAGAUUGUUACGCAUUGCCACUUUAUCAACAGCCUCUGUGUAUGCAUUAUUAAUCUCUACAUCAUUACAACCACAUGACCUACUUGAAGAAAAAAAAACUUUCUGGGAGGAUUACCUACACUGCUUCUCAGGGGAGUUUAUGGCCAGUAUAUUUCUAUACAUAGUUCUUUUUUUUAUAAAGGAUUUUCCUGCUUUGUUACUAUAACACACAUUUUUUUUUGCAUUUUGUUCAGUAAUAAUUGUCCUGCAUUUAACAUAACAAAUAAUCAAUGGUACAAAUUUAACUGGGAGUAAAACACAGGAAAAUAGUUAAUAACAGUGGUCUAAAUUCCACUGAAAUAUUAUGCUGGCAGUCUAGAUUUACAUGAUGUAUGAAAUGGUUCAGCACACAUGUUACUCCAGACUGAUCAGUUUUAAUGCAUAAUUUCCAUCAGGGAAGCCAUAUUUAGUUAAAAUAUAAUCAGAGCUUCCAGAAGUCUCAAUCUAGCCAUGAAGAAGGAGAAGAGGUGAGCACACAAGCACAGGAGGAAGAUAGAGUCAUUUUGUGUAACACUAAACAGAAUGUUAGCGUUAUGGCCACAUAAGCUAAACACGAGCCAGAAGUUUUGGGUCCCCUGAUAUUCCAUGUGAUAUAUAACAUUGCUUCUGGAUCUAAGUGCUAUUGGUCUUGAUAGUAUAAUAAUAAGUAGACAAUAGAUUUGAGGAUGGGAUUACUGGAUUCACAAUGUUAAAAUGCCAAAGACUAGGCCUAUGAAAAAAUAGGCUCUAUAGAAGAGUAGUCUCUAUUUUAAAAACAAAACAAAACUUCCUCUCUUUUGUUAAACUCUUAUGUUUAAGCUCUGCCUAGUAUGUUUUGGCAGUAAGUUAGACGUGUCAUUAUUUUCUGUCUCAUGUUAACCUGUGGACCUAUUUAUGUUAAUUGCUAUUUUGACAUUUCAGUUUGAGAAUAGUUUAAAUGUAAAUUCCAUUGUGUUUAUUUGUUGUGGUUAACUGCCAUCAAGGUCAGCUUUGACUAAUGGUGACCUGAGUGAGUGACCUUCAAGUCUCCUUGUCCCCAACAGCCUGUGGACCAAGACUGCAGACUCAAGACCAAGACUGGCUUUCUUGAUUAAAUCUAUCCAGCUUCCUGUUGUCUUCCUUUUUUCCUACUGAUUUCUACCUUGUUGUCUUUUCUAGAGAGUCAUAGUGUCUCAUGAUGUGUCCAAAGCACUACAGUUUUAGUUUAGUCACCUUGGCUUCUAGGGAAGCCAAGUCUUCUACAAAUUUUCAUUUUAAAUUUAUUUGUCAUGUAAAGAAACUUGCAUCUCCAUAAAUGUUCUUGUUUGAACCCACGGAAGACAAAGUACCAUUUACAGGUGAUCAGGAAAAGGUGUGAGGACAAAAUGUAUAAAUAAUAAUUAUAAAGCUUAAGAACUGCUGACAUGACCAAGCACAAUAGAGAAUCUUUAACAUCACACAGGUGCACACAGAAUCGCAAUGACAUUACAACCAGUACAGCCUCCACUUUACAGUGGUGUUGUGGAUAUGUUAAGUAUAUUAUUGUUCAUGUUAUUUUCCAGUUUAUCAAACAGAGUCAGACAUAAAACUGGGUGCAUAUGUUGAUUCAGUAUGUAAAAGCAAUUAGAGCCUUUAUGCAAAAGUAUUGUGAGCAAACUCUUGCAGUGAGGACUAGUUACUUUUCUCAAAACUAAUAUUUAUGUUCAGUCUUCUAUUUGGAAGCAAGUCCCAUUGAGUGUAGAAAUACAGGCAUAGAAUUUCAGCUUCUGUUGCUUUAGUCUGAUCUGAAUAGCAGUAUGUACACCAAGUUUGGUAAGCAACAUUGUCAAUUUUUUCAAAAAGGAAUUUAUACUUUCUUGAAUAGAUUAAAACUGAGAGGAAAUUUUUAAUGAAAAAUCAUUCUGGUAAACAAACAUGUUACUAAUUAUGUUAAACCUUUGCACUGCAGUUGCCUGCCCAGUCUGUCUGUAUGUGUGUUGACCACUUGAAAAUGAAUCCUGUGUAUCCUGAUUACUUGAAAAUCUAACUCCUAAUACUUUUUUCAAGAGCAAACACACAAUUCCUUUUGGCAGUUUUAAGUGAAUAAAAUGUUUAUGAAUUUUUAAAACUUAAACCACUGUGACAAACUCAUCCAACAAGGUGCAUUACAAAAAUUUGUAAUCAAAACAUUGGAUGGAAGAUCCAGUUGUAGAUGGCACUAGAUAGAACAUAGGUUGCACUGAACAGAUAUAGAGCAAGCCAGUUUUGGAACCCAGCACCCUCCUCUCUGCCCUCAGAAUUUUUCAGUCCUCCAUAUGUAUUUUUGCCCUUCGCGACUAGUAGCCAACCCUAUUCAGGAAGAUUAUUUCCAGAAGAAAAGUAUUGGGAGGAAAGGGAUGUCAUAUGCAUGCCAUACAUGCUUAGAUCCUCAACUAAGUUAUUUGAUUGCUCAAGAUAUGAAUAGUUUUUGCAGAAUGUGAAUAGUUUUGCAGUCUCUCAUCCUCUUUGGAUUUGUUUCUGUUAAUGGCAUUUCUACUGCAUCAGUGUCUCUAUGAUAGAAUAUCUCAAGGUAGCUAACAUUCCUAGUUCAAAGUACUAAUGCUGUAUUUUGAUACAGUUUCUGUGCUAGCCAACAUAUUAGAGUAUGUAUGAGACUUCUCUGGACUGCAGCCUAUGGCAUCAAACAGCAUACAUUUUCCAGAUACAAUGACACAAAUGAUUGUUCUUGCUGUUACAGAGUAACACCCUUCCAAAAAACAAUGUUAGAAGAAUUUUAGUGUUUGAAUUAGAUCAUUUAUUUAUAAGUAUAAGAAAGAGAAUGAACUCAGAACAUUCUUUUGAUGGUAAUGGAAAAUGAAGUAAAUAUUACAGUAGGUACCCAUUUUUUAAAAUCUCUAUUAAAGAUUACUUUAACUAUUGUUUCUAAUUCUCUAAGAAUAUCAGUAGUAAUCCUUUACAUCUCAUAUUUUCAAAAAAUAAUAAAUAAAUCCCUGAAUAAAUAUUUAACAUUUCAUGUGGAUGGCCUAUAUUUUCAGGUGGUAGAAAUAUUUUAGAAGCUGACGCCUACUUGCCAGCCAGUCAAAGUAACACUUACCUGUAUGUGCCUCCAUGCUAUAUACAGUUGGCUUGAUUCCCCUUGAUUCUUUGAAACUAUCAUCUGCUCUUCUACUUGUUCUCAAUUAAUUCCCCCCAUGUUAAGACAGAGAAAAAUCUGUUUGCAGCUAUCUUCUCAUUCCUCCUUUGGUUUGCCCUUUUUAUUCCUGACACAGAUUGUUAUAAUGACCCAACAAUUGCUACCUAAGGUAGACGAUGGCCUGCCAAAUAAUAGCCAUAGAAGUGAGUAACUCCAUCUGGUGGAAGUGACAUACCUACAGCAGUGCUUAUUAAACCUCCCCACCAGCCUGCUUUUGCAGUCUGGUGCUCUCCUGUUGAAUAGCUCACACCUCAUAUUGUCCCAGCAUAGAUGGCUCAUGUCACUGUGAGUUCCAGUCUUGGGGAAAAGGUAGGAUAUAAAGAAAGUUAAUGAUAGUUAAUAAUAAUGUUGAGAUACUAGUUCUGACUGAAAUGGGUCUUUUAGCUGGGUGAUAGCAAAGCAGCUCCUUCCCUCCCACCAGACUACAGGUGUCUUUUUGCCCUCUGCCAAGAAGAGUGAACAAAAGGAAAAUUGCCAACUUGUUUACAUUAUCUUCUUAAAGAAUCCAGGAUGUGUCAUGUAGUUAAUUGAAUUCAAAAGAGUUCAUGAGCUAGAUGAAUAAACCAAGCAUUUAUAAGGAACACUGGUUCUCUUUAAUGCUAUGCUCAGAGUCAGUUUUAAAAAGAAGUUGUUUUGCAACCCUCCCAGCCCCAUUAUUUGUUAAACAACCUAGUACGUAUAAGAAUUACAGGAAAGCCAGAACAUGUACUUGUACUUUGGUAAUCAAAUUAUUACCUUAGUUUCCAUUUUCAAAAAUAUAUACGUUACAUUUCUGUUAGAGCAGCCCAAGAGGAAUGUUAUGCUAUUCUAAAAGAGAAAGCAUAUGGCUCUCAAUUCACCUAUUUAUUGUGACAUUUUUCUCCCUCAGUUAAUUUUUGCACUGGCCACAACCCUAUGCAGAUUUCUGCAUGUUUUACCCUGUUUAUGGCUACUGGAUCUGUUACUACAAAUGUAGGAAGCUUGCUGGUAAAGCAAGAGCCAAUACAGUGGUUCUGUAGAAACAAGUCAUUUCCAUGCAUGGAGUGGGUGCCUUCUUCUGUUUCUCCAUGUGCAUUGGCUUUCCCAUGGGAUGUAUUUUUUAAAAUUUCUUUGCUAGGUUGACUUUACUCAUUGGUAGAGUCCUGAAUGAAAAUGGCUAGCAUUUUCUUUCUAGCAAGGAAAAAGAAAUUAGAACCUCUAAGGUUAUUUUGAGCAAGUGAUGGAGAAAUGACUACAAAAUAUUUUUCUUGCCUUUAUGUUGUUUCCCUAUUCUCACUUUGUUUCCCUUUUUCUUUUCAAUGUAAAAAUUGAUAAUGGCAUACCUUUGAGAAAUGAUGUUUCUCAGGAACUGCUCCUGUACAAACUCAAUUGGAACAUGCACGUUCUGCAAAUCCCAUUAAUUGUGUUGAGUCAAUGUGGUUGUUUAUGCUACAGAAGAAUUACAUAGUCCAGAAAACUUUGGAUAUAAAAGGUGCUAUGCCCUUUAACUCUCUAGCUGAAACCAGCUGUGCUUACCUUUGUCUGAAUUGUGCCACCCUGUACGAUGUGCUUGAGGAUAUUUGGUCAUAGGUUCUUCCAUUCAUGAAUUCCAGUAGAGACUUUGGGGCAAGGGACUGAUUUUUAGUGAUUCCCACAGAAGGCUGGAGGAAUCAGGAAAUCAGAAUAUCAAAAUCCCUCUCCCUGCUAAAGUUCCCUUGUAAGGUUAGCGGUAAAAUUUCCUGAAUGCCAAAAAUGUUGAUAAUACACUUUAGAAGUUAGGUUGCUAUUUUAGCAUUGUUAUAAAGACUGAAUUGGUUUUUUAAAUGGUAACGUAAUCCCUUGUGUAUUUUAGAUUACACAAAUGAGGAAGUAAAACAUUUUUAAUGUUUAUAAUUCUUGUGUGAAUAAAUUAAAAACUGUAUCAGCAUGGGUGAACGUUUAAGUAAAUGUAUCAGUUUUCAUGUUUAUGUACAUGGAUAUAAACUUUUUACAAUAGCUGAUAUUUGGAUGAAUUUAGUUUUUAUGUUUCAAUAAUUUUAGAA